CGUCGCUGAGCUUAUAAAUGACAAGGUGACAGGGUGGCCGUCCUACCUUCAUUGACUGUCGCUCUGUAUGAGUGUAGCCCUCCACAGAACACCCUGAUACACCUCCAGUCCUGGUUCCAACCAUGUAUGCAUGUGCUAAGUUCAUCACUUCUCCUGCUCUGCUGAGAGGGGGCUCCAGAGUUCUCGCUCGGCCACUUGCUGUCUCCCAUUUUACCAGACCUGAAGCCAGAGUUGAGACACAGGACCUGUUGCCAGUUAGUCAAGCUCCAGUCCUGACUCGUUCCUUCCAGACAAGCGCUGUGACCCGGGACAUUGACACAGCCGCCAAGUUCAUUGGUGCUGGUGCUGCUACAGUGGGUGUGGCUGGUUCAGGUGCUGGUAUUGGUACUGUGUUUGGCAGCCUCAUCAUCGGCUAUGCCAGGAACCCCUCCCUGAAACAGCAGCUCUUUUCUUAUGCCAUCCUGGGCUUUGCUCUGUCUGAAGCUAUGGGUCUUUUCUGUCUGAUGGUGGCUUUCCUUAUCCUGUUCGCCAUGUAAACCUGGACUCGGGCUCACCAUGUCCUCCCUCGCCAACCUACUGUCCCCCUCCAAUGCUCCAUCCAGAGGGAAGCUUUCUACUGAAGGAACUCUAAAAGUGCGGACAAGCCAUUCCAUUCAAGACAAGUAUUUCCACCGAGGCCCUCAAGUUUUGUUUUUGUAAAGUCUCUCUCUGGCUCCAAUCUGUCCACAAUAAAUGGUUGGGUUUA